CCUCCACCCACCGCCGACACCCGACGCGCCAGACGACAACAUGUCAAAACCCGGCCCAGCGUGCCAGCGCGAGCGCGACGACUUGGUGCAGUGCAUCCUGCGCACUGACUGCGUGCUCAAGCAGAACAAGACACCAAAAGAGUGUCUGCAGGCCAAGGCCGAGCUGCCGAUCCAGUGCCAGCAGCUGCUGGCGACGUAUACCGACUGCCGGCGGGGACUGCUCGACAUGCGCCGCCGCUUCCGCGGAAACCACCUCACGGACGAGGCUAAGCGCGGCGGCGUGUACGAGUCGUCGCUGGACGCUGCUGCGCGGCAGGACAAGGACGCGGCGGCGGGCGCGGCGGCGUCGGGCUCGGAGCAGCAGAAGUAGACGGCGGCGGCGGGAUUACCUUCUAGCAUAUCAUAACUCGGCACCACUCAAG